UGUAAAAUAACUGAUGCAUCAAUGAUGCAAAGUGUUGAACGAUAUAUGAAACAAGCAAUUGUUGAUAAAUUACCAUCAGUUGCAUCAGCUGCAUUAACAUCAUCAGUUCAUUUAAUGCGUCAAGGUCCAGAAGUAGUUAAACGAUGGGUUAAUGAAGUUCAAGAAGCUGUUAAUAAUGAUAAUAUAAUGGUACAAUAUCAUGCACUUGGUCUUUUAUAUCAAAUACGUCGAACAGAUAAACAUGCUAUUAGAAAAUUAAUUGUUAAAUUUUCUAAAGCUGGUCUUCGAAGUCCAUAUGCAUAUUGUUUUCUGAUUCGCAUUGCAGCUAAUCUUAUAAAUGAAGAAGGCGAAGGAACCGAUAGUCCAAUGUAUGAUUUUAUUGAUUCAUGUUUACGUCAUAAAAAUGAAAUGGUUAUUUAUGAAGCUGCAUCAACUAUUGUAUCACUUAAAUGUGUUACACCAAAAGAACUUAGUUCAGCUGUUAAUGUUCUUCAAUUAUUUAUUUCAUCACCUAAACCUGUUUUACGUUAUGCAGCCGUUCGAACACUUAAUAAAGUUGCUAUUCAAUAUCCAGCAGCUGUAACAGCUUGUAAUGUUGAUCUUGAGACAUUAAUUACUGAUUCAAAUCGAUCAAUUGCAACAUUAGCUAUAACAACUCUUCUUAAAACGGGUAAUGAAGCAGGUGUUGAUCGAUUAAUGAAACAAAUCUCAUCAUUUUUAUCUGAAAUAUCAGAUCAAUUUAAAACAGUUGUUGUUGAUGCAAUUAAAUCAUUAUGUCAAAAAUUUCCACGUAAACAUACUGUAUUAAUGACAUUUCUUUCAAAUAUGUUACGUGAAGAAGGUGGUUAUGAAUAUAAAAAAGCAAUUGUUAAUACAAUUAUAUCAAUUGUUGAAGAAAAUCCUGAAGCAAAAGAAGCGGGUUUGGCUCAUUUAUGUGAAUUUAUCGAAGAUUGUGAACAUACAUCAUUAGCUACUCGUAUUCUUCAUUUAUUGGGUCGUGAAGGACCACGUACAACAACACCAGCUAAAUAUAUUCGUUAUAUUUAUAAUCGUGUUAUUCUUGAAAAUGCACCUGUUAGAGCUGCUGCUGUAAGUGCAUUAGCUAAAUUUGGUGCAGCAUCAGAAGAAUUAUUACCAAAUAUUUUGGUACUUUUACAACGAACAACACUUGAUCAAGAUGAUGAAGUUCGUGAUCGUGCUACUUUUUAUUAUCAAUUAUUAAAACAUAAUGAUAAACCACUUAAUUCAGCUUAUAUUCUCAAUUCAAUGAAUGUAUCAUUAUCAUCACUUGAACGUCUUUUACAUCGUUAUACAAUUGAACCAACAACAAAACCAUUUGAUGUUCGAACUGUACCUGUUGAAGCAGUUCCAGUUGAACAACCUAAAGGAGAUAUUAGUAUUGGUGUUGGUAUUCCACGUCCAGGAACUGAAUCGAAAACAAAUCGAGAAGAUACUUAUGGUGAACAAUUAUCUGCGAUACCAGAAUUUGCUCAUUUGGGUCCAAUAUUUAAAUCAUCAUUACCAGUUGAUUUAACUGAAAGUGAAGUUGAAUAUGUUGUACGAUGUAUAAAACAUGUUUUUAGUCAUUAUAUUGUUUUUCAAUUUGAUAUAAAUAAUACAUUAAAUGAUCAAUUAUUAGAACGAGUAAGUGUUCAAAUGGAUGGAUCAACUGAUGGUUUUGAAGUUGUUCAUUAUACUCCAUGUCAAGUUAUUAAAUGUAAUGAUACGGGUACAACUUAUACAUUAGUUAAAUUACCUGAUGAUUCAUCAGCUGUAACUGGUACAUUAGCAUGUACAAUGAAAUAUACAGUUAAAGAUUGUGAUCCAGCAACAGGUCUACCAGAUGAUGAAGAAGGUUAUGCUGAUGAAUUUGUGCUUGAAGAUAUUGAAAUAACAGUUAGUGAUCAUGUACAAAAAGUACUUAAACCAAAUUGGUCUGCUUCAUGGGAAGAAAUUGGAGCUGAAAAUGAACUUGAAGAUACAUAUACAUUAUCAAUUUCAACACUUGAAGAAUGUGUCAAAAAAAUUAUAAGUUACAUGGGAAUGCAACCUUGUGAACGAUCAGACAAAGUUCCAGACGGUAAAGCAUCACAUGCACUUUAUUUAGCAGGUGUCUAUCGUGGUGGACAUGAUGUACUUGUUCGAGCUAAAAUGGCAUUAGGUGGUACAACAUCAGAUCCAGGAGCACAAGCUAUUGCCAUGCAAUUAACAAUACGUUCAACAGAUGAAUCAGCUGUGCAAGUCAUUGCUUCAGCAGUCGAAUAA